AUGGCUCAUCACCUAGUGUUCAGGUUACUGUAUGGCCUGUUCUGCGGAGUUACCAUAUUCGUGACGUAUGGUCGGCAGUCAUUGUGCCCGGUGGCCCGUGUAGCCGAUUGCUUCAACAACCUGCUGCCGGUCAUCACUUCGUCCUACAAGGACAAAUGUCACCUCUACUCACAGUUCAGGGCCUGUUUCACACAUGACGGCUGCACCGAUCGCCAGUCGGCAACGAUCGGCAGUCAGGUGAUGUUCGAAAUGACCGGAGUCCGGCUGCCCAAAGAGUUCCUGAUUGCCUUUCUGGGCAACUGGCGACGAGCGUGCGGUGGAUGCCUGAUUCUGGACAGCCCCUGCAGCGCCGCUAUGAAAAACUACGACCUGGAGCAUGACUCUGUAUUUUUCGACAGGCUGCAGAAAAUCGUGCUUGUCGAAUGUAGCAUUCAUCAAUGCGGUCAAGAGGAUCAUGUUUCAGUCGAGUUCAACAAGAGUCUGAGUGUUGGAAAGUCGACUCUUAUACUUCCGACGCGACCAUGA